AUGCAGAAGUUCCCCACACAAUCACACUCCUCUUCUUCCUCCAAGAUGUCAGAGGGAUUUGAGCCUCAUCUUGAAUCCCAGACAUCCAUCACGAGUAAGGUUGCAAAAGGAGCCUACAAACAUAUCAUUAACCACAUGCUCACACUCCUACUCAUAUAUGUCGCCGUUACUAUUUCCAUUCAAGCAAUUAAACAUGGUGAAGAUUACCUCAGUAAGCAUCUUCUCUCUCUACAUGAUCUCUCAUUCAUAUGGUACAUCAUCUCUUUCUUGCUAGUAAUCAUCACCAUAUUCACCAUUCACUUCAUGAACAAAUCUCAACCCGUCUAUCUCCUUGACUUUGCCUGUUUCAAGCCUCCCGCAAUGUCUUCGAACGGGCAGGGUUGGGUGCCGAGACUAGCUUGCCCCACCCCGUUACAUUACAUACCACCAAAUCCAACUUUGAUCGGUUCUAGAGAAGAAACCGAACUUGUCAUUUUCUCAUCAAUGGAUUCUUUGUUUGAGCAAACGGGGAUUACCCCUCAAGACAUUGAUAUUGUAAUAGUAAACUGCGGCCUCUUUAAUCCCACUCCUUCUAUUUCAUCUAUGGUGAUUAACAAGUAUAAGAUGAGAAGUGAUGUGAAGAGCUAUAACUUAUCCGGCAUGGGGUGUAGUGCAAGCCUAAUUUCGAUUGAUUUAGCUAAAAAUCUUCUUCGUGUGCACCCUGAAUCAAAUGCGAUUGUUAUAAGCACUGAAAUCAUCACCCCAAAUUCUUAUACGGGUAAGGUAAGAUCGAUGCUCGUUCCAAAUAUUCUGUUCAGAAUGGGAUGUGCUGCGAUCCUCUUGACUAAUAAAAGGUCCCUACGUAAACAUGCAAAGUAUAGUCUUUCACAUGUUGUCAGGACACACAAAGGAGCUGACGAUAGUUCUUAUGGUUGUAUCACGCAUAAAGAAGACAAAGAUGGAAAACUUGGCGUAGCUCUGGAUAAGGAUCUCAUGGUAAUCGCCGCUAACUCCUUGAAAUCAAACAUCAGCACACUGGGGGCCUUGGUUCUUCCAGUGUCGGAGCAAGCCAUAUUUCUUUUCAACUUCGUAGGGAGAAAACUCUUUAAGAUGAACAUGAAACCAUACAUUCCAGAUUACGCAAAGGCCAUCGAGCAUUUCUGUGUCCAUGCAGGAGGACGUGCAGUAAUCGAUAAGGUUCAAUCGAGUUUGAAGUUGACAGAUGAACAUGUGGAAGCGUCAAGGAUGACGUUGUAUAGGUUUGGGAAUACAUCAUCAUCAUCGGUAUGGUAUGAAAUGGGUUACAUAGAGGCUAAAGGUAGGAUGAAGAAAGGUAACAGGGUUUGGCAAAUAGGGUUUGGGAGUGGGUUUAAGUGUAACAGUGUAGUCUGGAAGUGUAUUAGAGACAUCGAAGCUCCAAAAACUGGGGCAUGGGCAGAUAGUAUUCACAAGUUCCCAGUUAUUGUUCCAGAUGUUGUGAUGCUCUAA